GACAUAAAUAGGAGAUAAACAUUGACAAAGGGGGUCAAAAGGUAACUCUCACUGCAAACUAUUCUGCUGGUUUAUCUGAACCGCUAUAUUUCUGUCUCGCGUAUUCAUCAUGUCGCACGGAUUUCAACCGUUUCAUCCAACGAACCGAAGUCGAGUCGCAGUGGUAACCGGAGGAAACAAAGGUGUUGGGUAUUCUGUCGUCAAAAAGCUGCUGAAGAAAUUUCGUGGCGUUGUCUAUUUGACAGCUCGUCACGAGGAUAAAGGUUUGGCUGCAUGUGAACAUCUCAAGAAAGCAGGACUACACGCACCAAAGUUUUACCAACUGGAUAUUACUGACAAGGAACAGAUUAUGGAGUUUCGACAGCACCUUCAGAAAACGUAUGGUGGGAUUGAUGUACUGAUUAAUUAUGCUUCAGUACCUCACAAGACGGCCAAGGGAGAAGAGAGUGAUGAAGAUGACGUUGAACAUGAAGAGCACGAUGGCGAAGCACAAGAUCGCGGAGGUGCGGAAAACGUUGAGAAGAAACCUGAAGGUUCUGAAGAAAAACAAAAUAAUGAAAAGAAAGAAGUUGGAAUUAAGAUAGAAGUUAAAGUAGGAGUUGAAGAAAAGAAAGUACUAAGUCCAGAAGAAAAGAUAGCGGAGGAACGUCGUCUUUUGGCUGAAAGUUAUCGCAAACAUAAAAUUGAGAGCCAUCCGUCAGAAGAGUUCUGGGUACCGAAAGUUGAGGUAGAUCCUCGUGUCGAACUUGCUGAAACAACUCUGAAGACGAACGUUAUUGGAACUUUAAAUGUUAUCCAUUGUCUUCUACCGUUGUUUCGACAACACGGAAGGAUAAUAAAUAUCUCGUCCAGUCUUGGAGUUUUAUCCUCAAUAUCAAAUGAUGAACUUAGAGAGAAAUUUGCAAACACAUAUUUAAUGGAAAGUGAACUGAUGGAUAUUUUGCAAACCUAUAUCGUUGACGUGAAGCAUGACAAAGUCGAGGAAAAGGGGUGGCCCUCAAACGUGUGGAUACUUUCAAAGUUAGCAAUCAAUUUGAUGACAAGAAUUUUGGCCCGAGAUCACAAAUAUGACGAAAGAAAGGACAUUCUUAUUACUUCGUGUUGCCCAGACCUCUCGGAGGAUUCCACUCCACUCACUGCUGACCAAGGUGCAGAGACUCCUUUUUAUUUGGCUGUUCUGGCAAAAGGCGAGAAAAAUUUGCAUGGCAAGAUCUUUAAAGACCAGAAAAUAAUGGAAUGGGAAUAAAAUUAUUAACUGAUGAUUGUGUUGAUUUAGGUAGCGUUGCCAGGUAGAUUACAUCGAGAGAUCGAGGCGGGAUUAUUACUACCAUUAUUCAUUAUACUAAACUAGGCGGUGUAAAAAUGAUUUGUAUGAACAAGUGUAAUGUUUGACAGCCCUAAGGCAAAAUCGUGAUAUCACUUUCAGCUGUAUUAUAUCUAUUAUGUAUAGCAUCUUGAAAAUAAAAUCCUUUUGUAUAGAUUAUGU